UGAGGGGCAGCGGCUGCCGCCCGCACCAUGGGGACGGCGUCGUCGCUCGUGAGCCCCGCAGGCGGGGAGGUGAUCGAGGACACGUACGGGGCGGGCGGCGGCGAGGCCUGCGAGAUCCCGGUGGAGGUGAAGCCCAAGGCCCGCCUGCUGCGCAGCUCCUUCCGCCGGGGCGCGGGAGCGGCGGCGGGGGCCGGGCCCGGGUCGCUGCCCCGCGGGACGGGCGGGGGCGGGCUGCUGGGGGCCAGCUUCAAGUCCACCGGCUCGUCGGUGCCCGAGCUGGAGUACGCGGCGGCCGAGUAUGAGCGGCUGAAGAAGGAGUACGAGAUCUUCCGGGUCAGCAAGAACCAGGAGUUGUUGUCCAUGGGCCGCCGCGAGGCCAAGCUGGACACGGAGAACAAGCGGCUGCGGGCCGAGCUGCAGGCACUUCAAAAAACUUAUCAGAAGAUACUUCGCGAAAAGGAAAGUGCUUUAGAAGCAAAAUACCAAGCAAUGGAGAGAGCAGCUACAUUUGAACAUGACAGAGAUAAAGUUAAAAGGCAAUUCAAGAUUUUUAGGGAGACCAAGGAAAAUGAAAUUCAGGACUUACUGAGGGCCAAGCGAGAGUUGGAGAGCAAGCUGCAGAGGCUACAGGCUCAGGGGAUCCAAGUGUUUGAUCCUGGGGAGUCUGAUUCCGAUGACAACUGCACGGAUGUUACUGCUGCUGGAACCCAGUGUGAAUACUGGACUGGCGGAGCCUUGGGAAGUGAGCCGUCCAUAGGGAGUAUGAUCCAGCUUCAGCAGUCCUUCAGGGGCCCUGAGUUCGCCCAUAGUUCUAUAGACGUGGAAGGACCCUUUGCAAACGUCAACAGAGAUGACUGGGAUAUUGCUGUGGCUAGUUUAUUACAGGUUACUCCCCUGUUUUCACAUUCUCUAUGGAGUAACACUGUCAGAUGUUACCUCAUUUAUACAGAUGAAACCCAGCCCGAAAUGGAUCUUUUCCUUAAGGACUAUUCACCUAAACUUAAAAGAAUGUGUGAGACAAUGGGAUACUUCUUCCAUGCUGUGCAUUUUCCAAUAGAUGUUGAAAAUCAAUACCUCACUGUAAGAAAAUGGGAAAUUGAGAAGAGCUCAUUAGUUAUCUUAUUCAUUCAUUUAACUUUACCAAGCCUUUUAUUGGAAGACUGUGAAGAAGCUUUUCUGAAAAACCCUGAAGGCAAACCACGAUUAAUUUAUCAUCGUUUGGAGGAUGGGAAAGUCACUUCUGACUCUGUCCAGCAAUUGAUUGAUCAAGUUUCUAACCUGAACAAGACCAACAAAGCCAAGAUCAUUGAUCACUCAGGAGAUCCUGCAGAGGGAGUAUAUAAAACUUAUAUUUAUGUGGAAAAGAUUAUUAAACAGGACAUCCUCGGCUUUGAGAACACAGACCUGGAGACUAAGGAUUUGGGCAGUGAAGAUUCUCUUCCAGAAGAAGAUGAUUUUGGUGAUGUUCUGUGGGACAUACAUGAUGAGCAAGAGCAAAUGGAAACUUUUCAACAGGCUUCAAAUUCAGCCCAUGAGUUGGGAUUUGAGAAAUAUUACCAACGCCUUAAUGAUCUAGUGGCGGCACCAGCACCGACUCCACCCCUUCUUGUAUCUGGAGGACCAGGUUCUGGAAAAUCCCUUCUUUUAUCAAAGUGGAUUCAAUUACAACAGAAGAAUUCCCCUAACACGCUAAUUCUUUCUCAUUUUGUGGGGAGGCCCAUGUCAACCAGCUCAGAGUCUUCCUUGAUUAUUAAACGAUUAACUCUAAAGUUGAUGCAGCACUCUUGGUCAGUUUCCACUCUGACACUGGAUCCCGCCAAGCUUCUGGAAGAAUUUCCACGUUGGCUAGAAAAGCUCUCUGCCCGUCAUCAAGGCAGCGUCAUCAUCAUUAUCGAUUCUAUAGAUCAAGUUCAGCAAGUUGAAAAACACAUGAAAUGGCUGAUAGAUCCGCUGCCAGUGAAUGUCAGAGUAAUUGUUUCUGUGAAUGUGGAAACAUGCCCUCCAGCAUGGAGGUUGUGGCCUACACUUCAUCUUGAUCCUUUAAAUCCAAAAGAUGCAAAAUCUAUCAUAAUUGCAGAAUGCCACUCUGUAGACAUUAAAUUAAGUAAAGAGCAGGAGAAGAAGCUAGAACGACAUUGUCGUUCUGCUGCAACCUGUAAUGCCCUUUAUGUCACCCUUUUCGGCAAAAUGAUCGCGCGUGCUGGCAGAGCAAGCAAUUUAGAUAAAAUCCUUCAUCAGUGUUUCCAGUGUCGAGAUACUGUCUCAUUAUAUAGGCUUGUUCUGCGAUCUAUCCAGGAGUCCAUGGCAAACGAUAUGGAUAAAGAACUAAUGAAACAGAUUCUCUGCCUCGUAAAUGUUAGUCACAAUGGUGUGAGUGAGUCAGAACUGAUGGAACUCUAUCCUGAGAUGACCUGGGCUGUCUUGACCUCCCUUAUUCACAGUUUACACAAAAUGUGUUUGUUGACAUAUGGUUGUGGCCUGCUCAAGUUUCAACAUCUACAGGCUUGGGAAACAGUGAGGCUGGAGUACCUGGAAGGUGCCACCAUCAUUCCUUCUUAUAGGCAGAAGCUGAUCAACUAUUUCACUGUGCAGCUAAGUCAGGACCGCGUGACCUGGAGGAGUGCGGAUGAGCUCCCGUGGCUGUUUCAGCAGCAGGGAAGUAAACAGAAGUUGCACGAUUGCCUUCUCAAUCUCUUUGUGUCUCAAAACCUUUAUAAAAGAGGACACUUUGCCGAGUUGCUGAGUUACUGGCAGUUUGUUGGCAAAGACAAAAGCGCGAUGGCAGCAGAGUACUUUGAUUCCUUGAAGCAGUAUGAGAAAAACUGUGAAGGCGAGGAGAACAUGAUUUGCUUAGCAGACCUUUAUGAAACCCUGGGGCGAUUUCUCAAGGAUCUAGGCCUUCUCAGUCAGGCUGUGGUGCCUUUGCAGAGGUCUCUAGAAAUUCGGGAAACAGCUUUAGAUCCAGAUCACCCAAGAGUAGCUCAGUCCCUCCACCAGCUAGCAAGUGUGUACGUGCAGUGGAAGAAGUUUGGCAAUGCAGAACAACUGUAUAAACAGGCAUUGGAAAUCUCAGAAAAUGCCUACGGUGCAGACCAUCCACAGAUUGCUCGUGAACUUGAGGCACUUGCAACUUUGUACCAGAAACAAAAUAAGUAUGAACAAGCUGAACAUUUUAGGAAAAAAUCCUUUAAAAUUCGUCAGAAAGCUACAAGGAGAAAAGGCAACUUGUAUGGAUUUGCCCUUUUACGUAGACGGGCCCUGCAGUUAGAAGAGCUGACCUUAGGUAAGGACACACCUGACAAUGCUCGGACUCUCAAUGAACUGGGCGUUCUCUACUAUCUGCAGAAUAACCUAGAAACAGCUGACCAGUUUCUGAAGCGUUCCUUAGAAAUGAGGGAGCGAGUUCUAGGACCAGAUCACCCUGACUGUGCCCAGUCUUUGAAUAAUCUGGCGGCUCUAUGCAAUGAAAAGAAACAGUAUGAUAAAGCGGAAGAACUUUAUGAAAGAGCGUUAGACAUUCGGAGGCGAGCAUUAGCUCCUGAUCACCCUUCUUUGGCUUAUACAGUGAAGCAUCUUGCAAUCUUAUAUAAGAAAAUGGGGAAACUUGACAAAGCUGUACCUUUGUAUGAGCUGGCUGUUGAAAUUCGGCAGAAAUCCUUUGGCCCAAAGCACCCUAGCGUAGCAACUGCCUUGGUGAACCUAGCUGUUCUCCACAGCCAAAUGAAAAAACACAUUGAAGCUUUGCCAUUAUAUGAAAGAGCAUUAAAGAUUUACGAAGACAGCCUGGGUCGGAUGCAUCCUCGAGUUGGAGAAACAUUAAAAAAUUUAGCUGUGCUUAGCUAUGAAGAAGGGGAUUUUGAAAAAGCUGCUGAACUAUACAAAAGGGCAAUGGAAAUAAAAGAAGCAGAAACGUCACUUUUGGGUGGAAAAGCUCCUUCCCGACACUCGUCAAGUGGAGAUACAUUUAGCUUAAAAACAACCAAUUCUCCUAAUGUUUUCCUUCAUCAAGGACAAAGAUUGGGCCAAGCCCUCUGCUUUCUGUGCUCUCUACAUUAUAUGUUUUCCUGUGUAGUAUGUACCUGCAUGAUCUGAAGACAUUCAUGCAGUAACAAAUCAAGCUCUUUGGCAUUCUUUGUUUGACCUUUCCCAAAAGAUGGACAUGACGUUCUCCUCUCAAAUAGCCUAAAUCUGCCUCUUCAUUUAUCUCACUCAAAGGAGUCUGCUAUUUUAUACUGAAAAUUAAGUAUUUUUUAGAUUUUAUAAAUAUUGCCACAUUUUGGAUAUAGUUUUGUACCAUUUAUGUAUUGUAUAUAAUAAAAUCUUCGAUUUUAAUACUUGCAAGAUUCUGACAAGUAUUAAUUGUAAAGGUGAAAGAUGUAGUAACCGUACGUCACUGUUUUAAAAGUGCAAUUUCAAGUUUUUUCCCACUCCAGUUUAUACAAGAGGGUUAUAUUUACAUAAUUAAGAAAUACGUUGGAAAAAAAGCUUGAAUGUGGUCAAUAUCCACUGAGUAGUUUGCUCAGUUUAAGUUUCGGUGAUUCUACAGGAUUUUGGUUAAUGCUAAGACUUGAUUACGCACAGGGUGGCCCAUGAACCAGGAUCAUCAGCACUAUCUGGGAGCUCAUUAAAAAUUCAGACUCUUGAGCCAGUCCCCCGACCUACAGAAUCAGAAUUUGCAGCUUAGCUAGAUUCCCAGGUGAUUCCGUAUGCAUAUAGGUUUGAGACAGUGAUCUAACUCUGAGGCACUAUAGUGGUGACGUAAAAGAAACUAGGUAGUAUCUUAUGAGUAUCCUUUUUCUGCCUUUUGGGAGAAGUUCAAAACAAAAAAAGAAAAUAUGACCAUAACACAUCUUUCUGGGUUUGCCAGCUAUGAAAGGCCAAAGUAAUUAACUGAAUUCACAAAUAUACCAUUGAUUUUAGAAUUAAGCUAUUAGAGUUUAAAAUUUGAUUAUUUAGUGGUAUAUUUAAGUUUAAAUGCUUUAGAAAAUCUGAGAUGAAUAUUGUAGGAGAAUCCUGAAAAAAGGAAAAACUAGCAAAAGAAUAAUAUGCAUUUAUUCUUUGUUCCUACAAAAUUUGGACUUGGAAAAACAUACAAAAAGUGGGAAAUUGUAAUAUUCAAAAUUCAUUAACUACACUUGGCAGAUGACUAUUUCAAAAGAUUUAAGUUUAAAUAAAAUUUUUAAAACUAUAUCUUGAUCUUGCUACUUAUUGCACUACCAACUCAAAUGUUUUCACAUAGAAUGCCUACUUAAAAAGAUAAAAAUAGCUGACAGACAUUUGUGUAUAUUUGAGGUUCUCAAAUAGGAAUAUUAUGUUCACAUUAAUGUACCCCUUUACACUGAAAAAGGUCGCUUUCAGACAACUCCAUUAUGAAUCUGAAUUGGUAGGAUCCAUAUUGUGGUAGUUAUAAUUUUCAUUAAUACUUUACAGAAAGAGAAAUAUGAAAAAAAAAUCCAAGGGUGGCAGUCAAAGCGUCCUCAAAUAUUCUUAAAAGGUUAUUACCUUUCUGUGUUGGUCCAUGUGUCUGUAGGUAUUCAGAGAGUAUUUGUAUGUGAAGGAACUCAUAGUACAUAUUUUCUUCACUACAUAAAACACUUGAGUACCAUAAAUUAACUUCCCAUUAACAAUGAGGAAGGGAUUAAAGUUGAAUAUAUUGUUUGUUUUACUAUAAUUUAGAGCCUUUGUGCUAAGGCAGUUUUGGGAGUAUGUUUCCAUCUUUCACUUUAGAAACAAUAGUGUUUAUAAAUCUGGUCAAGCACUAUGGGCUUAUUUAGUAAUGUACAAUUCAGUGAUUAAUUUCUCAUAAUCAGCUGCCUACGUAUACAAGUUUUCAUGGUAUGCAGUCAAGAGAACACUCUAGGUUGCAAAAGAUACCUGUUUACCAGAUUUCUUUCUAGUAAAAUAAUUGAAUAAUUUUUUAAUGAAAGAUAACUAGACAAAAAAAUUAGAUAACUUAGAUAAGACUUGGUGCAAUAUAAGACACCAGCAGUGUGCAGUGCCAAGUUAAGAGCGGAAAAAAGGUCUUUAGAAGAUGAUGAUUUCUAGCCAUUAUACUUUACCAAACUAUAAAAUUUUAAAAGUAUAAGUAAAGCUUUACCAAAUUAGUGUACCAGAGGUUCCAAAGGAAUGGGAUUUAGAAAGACUGCAUUUGUUUGAAAUUCAAAAACAUCUCUAGUAACUAGAAAAGUUAUUUUACAGAUGAGUACACUAAAUUUUUUUAAAUGGUAAAUGCCCUACAAAAGCAACAUUAAGUUUCAAGGCCAGAAAAAUUAUCCCCAUACUUUCCUGACAUCACUCUAAACAUAAGAAUCACAAUACCAUCCAAGAAUCUCAAAACUAAUACAUCAAACAUGUUUGACAUUUGGGGCUUUCUGAAAUUAGUUUUUAGAACUUUAUUUUACAAAUGGGGAAUACACUUUUAAUUUUUUUUUUUUUUUUUUUUUUUGAGGAAGAUCAGCCCUGAGCUAACAUCUGCUAGCAAUCCUCCUCUUUUUGCUGAGGAAGACU